AGUUUGUGGGGGGUGGGGGCUUGCUUACUGUAUCGGCUAGUGGUAAGGAAAGGGUUUGCGUGUGCGCGAUUCAGAAGACUAGUUCUACACAUCUGUGUUGGACAGCUAGCCAUCGCGUCUGUGCCUUUCUCUAGAUCUAGCGCGGAUACAUAGGAUUUCAUCUCAGUCAUGGCGGAAGCUCACCAGGCGGUGGCCUUCCAGUUCACCAUCACUCCAGAGGGGGUGGACCUGCAGCUGUCCUACCAGGCCCUCAGCCACAUCUACCAGUCGGGCAUGCGCUCCUGGAAGAAGAGGAUCAGCCGCAUGAGGAAUAGCGUGAUAAAGGGCGUGUAUCCCGCCAGCCCUUCCUCAUGGCUCUUUGUUGUCAUAGCGAUCCUGAGCACUCUCUACAUGCAGUCAGACCCCUCCAUGGGCCUCAUUGCUAAGAUACAGGAGAACCUGCCACUCAGCCUGACUCAGUUCAGUUCUCAGGGCCAGACGAUGGUGUCCGCUCUGGUCUUCAGUACGCUGCUGUGGCUGUCUCUGAUCCUCACGCUGCGCUUCUGCCUCAAGCUGCUGCUCUCCUACCACCGCUGGAUGUUCGAGCAGCACGGACGCGUCUCCACCGCCACCAAAGUCUGGGUGCCUCUGGUCAGACUUCUGUCUGGGAGGAAGCCACUGCUGUACAGCUAUCAGACGUCGCUCCCACACCUGCCGGUCCCACCCAUCAAAGACACAGUGCAGAGGUACCUGCUGUCAGUGCGUCCGCUGGUGGAUGAUGAGGGCUAUGAGCGUCUGACUAAGCUGGCCGCCGAGUUCCAGAGGAACCUGGGCACCCGCCUGCAGCGCUACCUCAAGCUCAAAGCCCUCUGGGCCACCAACUACGUGAGUGACUGGUGGGAGGAGUAUAUUUACCUAAGAGGGCGGACCCCCAUCAUGGUCAACAGCAAUUACUAUGGCAUGGACUUCCUGUAUGUGACCCCUACUCCGCACCAGGCGGCACGUGCCGGAAACACCAUCACCGCCCUCCUGCUCUACAGACGCAAGGUCAACCGGGAGGAGCUCAAACCUAGUCGAGUCCCUGGCACAGUCAUUCCUCUCUGUGCAGCUCAAUGUGAGCGAAUGUUUAACACCACACGGGUUCCAGGAGAGGAGACAGAUGUGCUGCAGCACUGGCAGGACAGUGAGUUUGUGGCGGUGUACAACAGGGGGCGCUUCUUCAGGCUGUGGGUGUAUCGCGCUGGCCGCCUGCUCUCCCCAAGGGAGAUCCAGUUCCAGAUCCAGCGCAUCCUGGACGACCCCUCGACACCCCUCCCUGGGGAGGAGAAACUCGGGGCACUGACCGCAGGAGACCGCGUGCCAUGGUCCCACAUUCGGAAGCAGCACUUCAGCUCGGGGGUCAACAAGCGCUCACUGGACUGCAUUGAGAAGGCGGCGUUCUUCGUCACGCUGGACGACCAGGAGGAGGGCAUGAUGGGAGAUGACCCCGAGGGGAACCUGGACCGCUACGCUAAGUCCCUGCUGCACGGGAAGUGCUACGACCGGUGGUUUGACAAGUCCUUCUCCGUGGUGAUCUAUAAGAAUGGGAAGAAUGGCCUGAACGCGGAACACUCCUGGGCAGACGCCCCCACCGUGGCCCAUCUAUGGGAGUACACCUUGGCCACAGAUGCCUUCCAGCUGGGCUAUACCACCGAUGGAAACUGCAGGGGGGAGGUGGAACGCUCUCUGCCCCCUCCUCAAAGACUGAGCUGGGAAAUUCCAGCAGAGGUCCAAGAGCAGCAAGUGGCCUCUCUGACGGUGGCUCAGGCGCUGGCCGACGACGUUGACUGCCAUGUUUUCCCCUUCCGGGACUUUGGAAAAGGCAAGAUAAAGAAGCUGAAGAUGAGCCCGGAUGGUUUCAUUCAGCAGGCACUGCAGCUGGCCUACUACCGCAACAGGGGGGGAUUCUGCCUGACCUACGAAGCCUCCAUGACCCGGCUGUUCCGCGAGGGCCGGACCGAAACCGUGCGCUCCUGUUCCAGUGAGAGCUGUGCGUUCGUGAGGGCUCUGGACGCAGGAGAGCCUCCAGAGCACUGCAAGAGGCUGUUCCGGCAGGCUGUGGAGAGGCACCAGAACCUCUACCGGCUGGCCAUGACCGGCUCCGGGAUCGACCGCCACCUCUUCUGCCUGUACGUGGUCUCCAAGUACCUGGGGGUCGAGUCACCGUUCCUCAAAGAGGUUCUGUCAGAGCCGUGGCGGCUGUCUACCUCCCAGACCCCCGUGCAGCAGAUGGAACUGUUCGACCUGGUCAACCACCCUGAGUUCAUCUCCCUCGGAGGCGGCUUCGGACCUGUGGCAGACGAUGGCUAUGGCGUGUCCUAUAUUAUCGUGGGAGAUGACAUGAUUAACUUUCAUGUCUCCUGCAAGCACUCGUGUUCUGAGACGGACUCGCACAAGUUUGGAGGGCACAUCAGCGAGGCUCUGCGGGAUCUGAUGACCCUGUUCAGCACAGACCCCAAGGCAACAGCAGAACCACCCAGAGAGGACAAGAAACGCAUGUAAAGCCAUUGGACCGCAGCUGUGUGUGUGCGUGUGAGUGCGCGUGCGCAUAUGGCACUGUGUGUGUGUGUGUGUGUGUGUGUGUGUGUGUGUGUGUGUGUGUGUGUGUGUGUGUGUGUGUGUGUGUGUGUGUGUGUGUGUGUGUGUGUGUGUGUGUGUGUGUGUGUGUGUGUGUGUGUGUGCUUGUGUGCGUGCGUGUGUACAUAGAUGUGUGGCAUUCCAUGUGUCUCUGGAUUUAAACUGGUCCAUGCCAAAGCCACUGAAUCGGGACAUUUAGUUUUCUGUACCAGCUUGCUGCUUGGUUGAUGCGCCUUAUAACAGCUGAGUAUCUAAAGAGGGUGUUCACCUUCCCUAGUGUCCUCAAAUUCACGAGAGAUUGUUGAGAGAGAGAGAGAGAGAGAGAGAGAGAGAGAGAGAGAGAGAGAGAGAGAGAGAGAGAGAGAGAGAGAGAGAGAGAGAGAGAGAGAGAGAGAGAGAGAGACAGAGAGAGAGACAGAGAGAGACAGAGAGAGACAGAGAGAGAGAGAAACAAACUUAAUGCAAGUCUUAAUGCAAGUGUGUUUUUUAACCCGUAUAAUUGUUAUUCACAACGUGUGUGUUUUUCUUUGCAUUAAUGUGGUGACUAGGUGCAUUUCCUAAGGGGUACAGAUGAAAUGCUUGGAGCUUAAGAUGGUCAGAACUGGGCACUGGUUAAAGUCAGUUGGUCUUUUCUAGUCAGACAUGGGUUUGAGCAUAUUCUACACAAUUGCAGAAGUAGCAUGAAAGAGAAGAUGGGAAGUGAGCCGCCACUCUAUGGAUGGAUGAAUGGAUGAUGGAUGAAUGAAUGAAAGUUGCUAUCCUCACGUCUUGAACAAAAAAUGUCAAAUGAACAUUAGUGUGUUCUGACCUUUGGGUCAGAGGAGUUACAAGGAGGGUAUACUUUACUUUUUUAUACAAUUUUGCUAAGGGAGAAAUUGAUAUUUAUGGUAGUGAUGAGACCCCCCCCUCCACAAUAAAAGGCCAAGUGGUAUUUCUUGAUAGCUUUACUUUGCCUUUUACUUCUGUUGUUUAUAAUUUCACAAAUGUACUGUAACCAUCCCCUGAACCACACAUUAAAGCCAUACCGCACCAUUCUUGGUUAUAAGCUCAUUUUACACCUCCCUCUGAGUUACUGUAAAUAAUUGAGUUCUACAUUUCUCCUCUUCUUCCAGCUGUUGUCUUAAUCUGUUGGUGUUACUUCUAGUGCCAAGCAUGAUAGAUUUGUUCUUCUUCUUAUUAUUAUUUGUAUUAUUAUUGGUCUUUUUUGUGUGAGAGGUGGACAGGAAGUGGAGUGGGAGAGAGAUGGUGAAAUCGAGCCCGGGUCAGCCGCAUGGUUGGCGACGGCAGGGCAGUAUGAUUGAAUAUUAUAGGACAGUCCAGCUAGAUGGCAGUCGAUCCCAUACAAUUCAAUUAUUCAGUACGUGCUAGCUUGGUGGUAGAAUUUGCACGGCCAAACUCAGAGAAUAGCUGUAAGUACACGAGAAAUGUAAAUCUCAAUAAACCAUUUAAAGGUACGGUGGAAAAUGAUCCUAUUUCCAGAAAUGAUGCGGUAUCUCUUUAAAUAUAUUAGAAAUGCAUUCCAUCUCUAUGGCUGUCAUAUUUUCAAGUGUGUGGAAUGAGAUGGUACAUGAGUGUCUUGGAAAUGUGGAGGGGUUUUUUUUUUAAGUUUUGUUUUGUUCUUUUUGGAAGGAGAUUUCCUAAAUCAAGCCAGAAUGUAUAGUGUUGUCAGUGUUGUGGCUGACCUUAUUUUCCUUCCAUGUCAUACAGAUAUUCUAAACAAAAUAAAAAAUAAUCACGUUA